AUGGACGGUAUCGUCCUGACAACAGACCUGGACGCCAUGUUUCAUAUGAACAAUUCACGGUAUUUACGUGAAUGUGACCUGGCACAAACUAAGCUAUGGCUGGAAAGUGGCGUGGUGCAGACGAUUGGUCAGAGGUUCCACGUCACCAACGCUGCCACCAACAUCCGCUUCCGGAAGUCCCUGCAUCUGUUCACAAGAUACCGAAUUGUCUCUAGGUUUAUUCACUGGGACGAAAAGGCAUUCUAUAUCGAGCAACAGUUUGUACGCUUGUCUGAUGGAUUCGUGUGUGCCGUGAAUAUAUGUAAGCAAGCUACCAUAGGUUGUACACCCACCAGCAUGGUUAAACGUGUAGACAAAGAACUCCUCUCCCCUCCACAGACCGAGGAACUGAAGACACUUUUGGCUUCAUGGAAAUUGUCAAGUGAACGUCUUAGGAAAUCAUCAUGA